UUAUAACAACAUGUAGAUAUUGAUAAUAAUAUUAAGUAUUUUGACUAUUAAAUACUCUCAUUUUUAGGAAGCAAGCGAAGGAAAACAUAAAUGUUUUGAUAUUUUAUAAACCAAGGCUCUAUACACGUCUAAUAAGUUUAAGACCCUUGUUGGCUAUGGCCAAAGGAGCAAACGCGUGAUAAACAGGGUUACCAUCAAAGGAUCUCAGACUAUAAUGACAUUCACAAAUGUAUCAAAUAUAUCUAUUAUAACCAGUUAAUUUGGGUUUUUAUCCUCUGAAAAUCAUCAUUUAAUGACAGUUAAAUGAAACAUGUUUCCAUCUCCUGCGACCCAAAACUGUGUACAUAAAUUCUGUACAGUCUUCUCUGAAGUAUCAUCCUUUGUGGUAACCCUGUACAUUAUUCCGUACAUAAAAAAACAGAAGAAAACUUAGUUAAUAUUAGUUAAGAUUGGUAUCAAUUCAUUUUUGUUUGAAAAGAUGGUUCUAACAGAAAAAAUGUCGUAUUCCUGCAUGGCAAUAAGAUUAUAGGAUUUGAAUCCUUCUAUUUUCAAAAUGGAGGGAAAACAGCUGCACGGUUUGCUUAUAGGCUUAGGAAGGAGCUCAGAGGCCAAGGUCUAAGCAGGGUAAUGUUUGAUCUUCAAAGAAAGUAUUUAUUAGAUCAGCAAGUUGAAUUCAUUCUUUCAGCAAUCCCCGAUUAUGAACUUCCAGAUGAAGCUUUUAGUGGACCCUUGGCAAAGUUCGGAGAAGUAAUGAUAAAGAAAACAGUUGUUGGUGUUCAAAUAAACCUUAACACCUUUAAGUUUCCAGAACUCCCUGGUUUGGAGAAAAAUCCCUGUGAGGAGCUCACCAAGCCUGAGCUCAAAACUAUCCUGGAGAAUGGAGCUUUUACAAAACUUCAACAGAACAACCUUAUGCUGACAAACUGGAUUCCAGUGCUGGUUGAAACAGAAUCUGAUCUGAUGUUUGUAUUGAGAAAGGAUUUAAUGGCAGUUGUUGAAGGAGACAAAGAGAAUCCGAACUCUUUAAGUAUUUUAACCAUGCCGUUCCCUUCUCACUGUGGGUUACAAAACUGUAUUGAUAUCUACAGUCAGACUGACAAGACCUGUUAUAACCAUGUGUUGAUGCAAAUAAGAAAUACUUUGAAGCAAUCUGCAAGAGUUAAGUCUGGACAAUAUGGUCAGCUUAAAUUAGAAAUCGCAGUGGAAGAAUUUCAGAUUGCAUCAGUGCUGAAAGCUUUGGAAGCAAUUGGGUUAAGCAAUUCUUUGUUUAAAGUGAAUAGUAUGAAUCGAACCUAUGACACACAAUAUGUUUGUAAACUUGCAGUUUAGUUUAAAUAGAAUAUAUUAUUUUUAAUAAAUCUAUUGUCACACGUAAUUUUAU